CCGCGGCGGCGGCGGCGGCGGCGGGGCUUAAAGCGCUCGGGCGGCCGGGGCCGCGCUCACCUGGGCGCCGCUCCCCGCGCUCCGCCGGCCGCCGCAGCGGCUGCGGGGCAGCGCCCAGGUGACCAUGCGGGGCAGGCGGCCGCACGGCCCGGGCAGCAGGUAGCGCUCGCCAGGUGCGCGGCGGAACAUGGACUGUCUCCUGCUGGCCGUCUGGACUUUACCUGCUGCGAUCCUCGGCGGCAGCUCCAUGCAAUUCCAGACUCUCCCGUGGCUCGGAAGCGCUGUAAAGGCAGGUCGAGAGCGCUUUCUUUUGCAGUCGCCUAGUGUACUUUCAUACCAGACCCUUCAGCUGUGUUGCCUCUGUUGCAUGUCUCAUGCGGCAACUUUAACCAGUGACAGCAUCAGUGAAUUGACUCAUGAUUAUGUGUUUGUGACACCUGUCAGAGUGGAUGCCAGCGGAUCGUACAUUUCACAUGAUGUUUUGCACAGUACUAGGAGAAAGAGAUCAACUCAGAGUUCAAAGAGUUCCUUGCACUACAAAUUUUCAGCAUUUGGACAGGAACUUCACUUAGAGCUUAAACCUUCGACCAUUUUAAGCAACAGUUUUAUUGUCCAGGUACUCGGGAAAGAUGGAGUGUCAAAUUCUCAGGACCAUGAAAUUGAGCAGUGUUUCUACCAGGGAUUUAUAAGGAAUGAUAGCACCUCUUCAGUAGCAAUAUCUACGUGUGUAGGCUUGUCGGGAUUGAUACGCACGCGGCAGAUGGAGUUCCUGAUCUCCCCGUUACCUCAGCGCCUGGCCCGGGAGCACAACUACACGUCCCCCGCCGGGCACCACCCGCACGUGCUGUACAAGAGGACGGCAGAGGGGCAGGUGCACGGGCCCCCAGCCCGGCCCCAUCCCAAAUCCAUCCCCCAGGGCCGGCGCAGGACGCGCGCCCACCCCAGCGGGUACCGCCACGGACGGGUCCAAAAGCAGCAUUUUUGUGGACGGCGCAAGAAAUAUGCACCCAAGCCACCCACAGAAGAGACCUUCAUUCGCUCAGAUGAGUACGGGACUUCUGCGAGGUUCAAAAGAUCAUCUGCUAAAAUUCAGAAAAAUGGAAGUUUGAAUGUCGAAACCCUUGUUGUGGCAGAUAAAAAAAUGUUGGAGAAACAUGGCAAGGAAAAUGUAACAACAUAUAUCCUAACAGUCAUGAACAUGGUCUCCAGUCUGUUUAAGGACGGAACAAUUGGAAGUGAUAUAAACAUUAUUGUUGUGAGCCUGCUUCUUUUGGAACACGAGCCUGGCGGGCUGCUGAUCAACCACCACGCUGACCAGUCCCUGAACAGCUUCUGCCAGUGGCAGUCUGCCCUGGUUGGGAAGAACGGGAAGCGCCACGACCACGCCAUCCUCCUGACGGGCUUUGACAUCUGCUCCUGGAAGAACGAGCCCUGUGACACUCUAGGAUUUGCACCCAUCAGUGGCAUGUGCAGCAAAUACCGCAGCUGCACCAUUAAUGAGGACACAGGCCUUGGACUGGCUUUUACAAUUGCUCAUGAAUCUGGACACAACUUUGGGAUGAUUCACGAUGGAGAAGGAAAUGCUUGUAGAAAAGCUGAGGGAAAUAUUAUGUCUCCCACACUCACUGGAAACAAUGGAGUGUUCUCUUGGUCUGUGUGCAGCAGGCAGUAUCUCAACAAAUUUCUCAGUACAGCUCAAGCUGCCUGCCUGAUUGAUGAACCCAAGCAAACAGGACAGUAUAAAUACCCUGACAAACUGCCAGGGCAGAUCUACGAUGCUGAUACCCAGUGCAAAUGGCAAUUUGGAAUGAAAGCAAAACUGUGCAACCUCAGCUUUGUAAAGGAUAUCUGCAAAUCCCUUUGGUGUCACAAAGUGGGUCACAGGUGUGAGACAAAGUUCAUGCCCGCAGCAGAAGGAACAGCUUGUGGCAUAAGUAUGUGGUGCCGCAGAGGACAGUGUGUGCAGUACGGGGAGCACGGGCCCAAGCCCGUCCAUGGCCAGUGGUCCGCCUGGUCCCAGUGGUCCGAGUGCACGCGCACCUGCGGAGGGGGGGUCACCUACCAGGAAAGACACUGCAAUAAUCCAAAGCCGCAGUAUGGCGGGAAGUUCUGCCAGGGCUCGGGCCGUGUGUAUCAGCUCUGCAAUAAGCAGCCUUGCCCAGCAGGCAGCCUGGACUUCCGAGCCCUGCAGUGUGCAGAGUACAACAGCAAACCCUUCCGGGGCUGGUUCUACAAGUGGAAGCCCUACACCAAAGUGGAAGAGCAAGACAGAUGUAAAUUGUAUUGCACAGCUGAAGACUUUGACUUUUUCUUUGCAAUGUCCAGCAAAGUGAAGGAUGGAACUCUGUGUUCUCCAAAUAGCUAUGAUGUUUGUAUUGAUGGAAUAUGUGAACAAGUAGGGUGUGAUCAUGGACUUGGUUCCAAAGCUGUGUUGGAUGCUUGUGGAGUUUGUAAAGGAGAUAAUUCAACGUGCAAGUUCUUUAAAGGCCAAUACUUGACGCAGCACAAAGCUAAUGACUACUACGUGGUGGUGACGGUGCCGGCGGGUGCGCGCAGCAUCCAGCUGCAGGAGCUGCACGUCUCCCCCAGCUACCUGGCCGUGCGCAGCCUGGCCAGCAGGUACUACCUGACAGGAGACUGGACCAUCGACUGGCCCGGGAAGUUCCCCUUUGCCGGGACGGUGUUUGAUUACCAGCGCUCCUUCAAUCAGCCCGAGAGUCUCUACGCGGCAGGACCCACUAAUGAGACGCUGGUCUUUGAAAUCCUGUUACAAGGCAAAAACCCUGGGAUUUCUUGGGAAUACACAUUUGCCAAAAGCAGCAUUGAGAACAAGACAUCUGUCAGGAAGCACAGCUACUCCUGGGUGACAGUGCAGUCUGAGUGCUCAGCGACCUGUGGUGGUGGACACAUUACAGCAAAAGCAAUUUGUUUGGAAGAUCACCGUGCGCGAGUCAACGCCUCCUUCUGUGGCCCAAGGACAAAGCCUCUGACUGAAACCAAGCUGUGCAACACAAACCCCUGCCCAGCCUACUGGUCAGCAGGUGAGUGGAGCACAUGCAGCAAGUCUUGUGGAGGGGGACAGCAAAGUCGCCUCAUUCAGUGUGUGCAGAAAAGGGCUUUCCAAAGAGAGGAGGUGGUGGCCCAUUCCCUGUGUCCUGUCAGCACCCCAGCACAGGUGCAAGUGUGCAGUGCUCAGGACUGCCCACCCGAAUGGAGCCCUGGCCCGUGGUCUCAGUGCUCCAAGACUUGUGGGAGAGGUAUUAAGAAACGGGAUGUCUACUGCAAGAGUCCUGGUUCUCCCAAGGUGAAAAUCUUGCCUGAAAGCAUGUGCAGCACAGAGCCUAAGCCUGAGUCCCAGCAGACCUGUGUGCUUGGCCGCUGUCCCAAAAACGACCGGCUCCAGUGGGUGAUUUCUUCCUGGAGUGAGUGCUCAGCCUCCUGCGGGCCCGGCCUGCGGCAGCGAGAACUCAAAUGUGGCGAGAAGAGCAUCCACGGGAAAUUGGUCACCUUCCCCCAGAGGAGAUGCAGGAACAUCAAGAAACCAAACACCAGCCUGGAGGAAGCUUGUAACAAGGGAGCCUGUCCAUCACAGCCGUUGUAUAACAUGGUGUCUGGCUGGUAUUCCUCGCCCUGGCAGCAGAUGAUCCUUCUUGUGUGGAUUUCUUCACUUGGUGUCAUCUGGUGCCCCAGCAUGGUGUCUGUAACCACAAAUUUUAUGGCAAGCAAUGUUGUAAAUCAUGUACGAAGAAGAACUGAUAGCAGCGUGUUAUCUGAACCCUUCAGUGACAGGAUUCUCUUCUUCAAUUUAUGUUGGAUUUAUCUCUGCUUUGAGGCAAGACAUGGUGCCACAUCAACCACUGAUGGGAGAGACAUUUUUUCUAAGGGAAUGUCUGAGGUACAGUAAUUGUUGGAUUUAUGUUGAAAAAGGAAUGUUUCUUUCUUAUUUUUUCUUAAUUUGCUGACCUCACUAAAGCACAGGGUACUAUGGAUCACUUGAACACUGAGACUCAAGGGGAAGUUCUUUCUUUAAAAGUGUCAUUUUGCACUGUCACAUGUUACGAGGAAGAAAUUAAGGCAAGAGAGCCCUUUCUGGCUGAUUUACCAGAAUGCAAAGCAGGAGAGCUUGGCAGCUGGAGCAGGAAGCAGCGUGGCAGCAGGACAGAGCACACCAUCAGAAGCAUGUCCUUUUGUCCUUUGCUAUUUUUUGUGAGUGUUGUCCCAGGGUGAGGAAGCUGUUUGCUGCCCUGGAGGGACAUCCAUGGCUGAGGGCGGGAGAAGGCAGAGUCACACGUGUGGCCACCAGAAGUAAAUAGUGCACUAAAAAAAUAUUAUGGUGCUUCUCUACCAGACUUGCUGCUGGAAAAGCAAGUUGUGCAUCAUGCUAAUGUUUUUUAUAAUUUUUGAAGAAUUCAUUUUCUGCUUUGUGUAGAAACUCAGAGGUGGUUAACUAGUAACUUGAAAUGUAUUCCUAGAAAUAUGCAGCAGUAGAAUAUUUGGACUUUUAAUAUUGCUGUGUUACAAGUAAAAUAGAAUUGCA